UUUUGUUUUUGUUAUCUCAACUCUCUGAUAACAACAUGGCUUCCUUCUUGUCGUUGUGGUGACUGUUGCUUUCUCACGAUGAAUGUGCACACCUUAAAAAUCUGUUUAGUGUGCAGCAGCAGCAGGAGGAGGAGGAGGAGGAGCUGGGGUGGAUUGGAGGCCUCGCCAGGCCUCACCGCUCCACAGUGCUGAGGAGGAGGGUGGGGGGCUGGGUAACGACUCUCACCCUUGCUCUCGCUCUGUGUCUCAGGGUCACAUGGGUGCCCCAGACAACCAGGCUACCAUACAGGAGGCAGAGUGGACCAUGGCAAAUCCUUUUCCUUUUUAUUUUGAUAAUGCAAAGGAUUUAAAAAUGGCACCCACACCUCCUUUCUGUUGUGUGGCAGUCCUGUGUUGUAGCCUGGCAGAGAAAGAAUGGGGGGAUGGGCAACGUAGGAGGAGGAGGGCGGGUAUUAUGUACCCUUUAGUACGUGGAUUGGCUCUGUGCUGUUUUCUUGUGUGUCAUGCCAGGCCGGGGAAUAGACGUGGGGGGCAGCAGGCGGUUGUGUGCGAGUGCAGGGCAUAACUGAAUACUGGCUUUGCAGUCCGAAUAUUUGCACGUAAACUGUGCGUCUUUUGAACACUUUAAAGAAAAGCGUACUGGAGGACGGACGGAGUUUCUCCGCUCCACAUUGAGGAGAGGAAGAGCAAACAUGAAACAACCCUUUUUGUUGAAGGGCGAGUUGAGUGUUUAGAAAUAAGACCUUGGGACCUUACUUCUAUUUACAGCCGUAGGCCUUGAGUUUUGCAGCCCCGGGGCUUUGCCCUUCUCUACAGACCUAUUGUGAAACUGCUUCCUCCACACUCCAGUCGUCAGACAGACAGUGGCCAUUUUGUGUUUAGAGAGCUCUUCUUACAGAUCAGACUGCAGGGACAGAGGAACAGCAUGAGACAGGUUUUUACAUGACGUGUGUGUAUGUGUUUGUACGUGUUGUUUGCAGAUAUGGCAAUAUUUUCUCUUAUGGUGCUGCUGGCUUUUGAGUUUUACGCACAUAACAGACAUUAUUAUGUAAAAUACAGAUCCAAAAAAAAGCAGUUCUUUCAUGAUAUUUUAUAAGAGAUCUACACAAAGACGAGGUGUAUAAGGGGACUCUCUACUGUGUGUUGCCUUUUAUAGAUAUAUAUUUUUAGAGCACUUACUGUACAUUGUGUUACAUGAUGUCUCACCGUUUUAGCAGUCUCAACUGCGUGGGCAAAACAAAGAGUGCUUUCUUUCUCUUGUGGCCUGACACAAGGCGUGUUUCAUCUGCACGACAGCCAGAAAAUAGCAACGUUACAAUCAGUGUUUGUUGGACUAAUUCCCUCACAACCAGAGGUUAACUUUUACUGCGAUGAGCUGACUCCACAGUGCUGGAUUGAGCCAGUAAUAUAAUUGCCACAUUGAUAGUAAGAAAUGUCAGCGAUGUGUAAUGUCGUUGGGGACAAAUAGUGCAGCGUAGGUUGAAUAGCAGAGCCACUGAGUUAUGCAUCACACCCACAAAUAUAAUCUCCCAAAGGGCCUUUUUUUUUUUUUUUUUUUUUUCUUCAAAUCCCCUCUGGUUUCGACUGUCGUAAUGAAGAAGGGCAAGCAAAAGUAAAGGAAUAUGAAAGCGUCUAAUGCAGGGGGAAAUCUCUGCAUUGCAGCAAAAAUGCUUUUUAAGAGGAAGAGGGGAGCCUGCACACUGUGAUCCGUGUAGCAUAGCACAGCUGACCAAUAAUGUUCCACCCUGUUGGCCCUGCAGCCAAUUGCAGCUGCAGUUGAGGUUAAAGAUUGACAAUCAGAGGCAGAGCAGCGGGGAGAGCAAGGGCCUUGUGGAAAAUUCCACAGCCAUCUUUGAUUCGCCCUUUACAGCCUGAUGUAAAAAUCCAGGUCAAAUCUUUCUUUCAUACAGCAUAUUCUGUGCAUACUUGUAGUAUAGUUUAAUGUGGAUCCAUUGUUUAAACCUUGUAAAGGAGUCGUGCUAAAACAGGCAUCUUUAACUAGUUAAAAUGUAAACUAGGAUCUUCUGCUUUUAAUUGUGUUUUUGUUGAAGUCGAUGGUAUCCAUUUCUUCAUUUGUCUGCAUGCGAUCGUCGGUCUUGUUAAAGCUGAAUGUCUUUUGUUAUUUUAUAGAACCUAAUAAUCUCUCUGGGGUUUCGUGCAGCACAGUGAGUAGGAUGUUUUGUAGUCGAUGCUAUUAAUCCCAAGAGUUUCCAGUGGCAGUUCCAGAGCAGAGAGUACGAUAAUGAUGUUUGCGUUGAAUGGCUUUCCUCGACUGCCACAUAGAGAGGCCAUUCGUCUGUUUGAUGUGAAUGAACUGCACAUUCUUUAAAGAGCAGAGAAUAGCUUUGCCAGGAUCUCAGUGUGGCUUCACAUUGAUGCUCUCUCUUUCUUCAAAAUGAAAUCUAAUUAUUCUAUGACAGCAGUAUUCAGGGAAGGAGGCAAGCCAAGACCGAAGACAUAAAAAAAAAGAAAGAAAGAGAGAUGACUGCUUCUCAUUUUGCUGGAUUUUCUCAUGUCUCCUUCACUUGUGUUCCUCCUCUAUCUCUGUGAAGGUUUGUCUUAACAUAGCCGGGGUUUUUUGUUGUGUGUUAAAUGUUGGACUGUAAUCUCCACACAUCUCUCUCUGGUCCUCCUGCAUGGAUGUGCCAGUGCUUGAGUCUGAGCCUCGGAGUGGGGGAUGGGGGAGAGGGGGGAGGGGAGCAAGCUGUGGCCUCCAUUUUCUGUGACGAGAGAACCCUGCUCGUCUCUCACUGGAGUGGAAUCUAAAGGCAUUGAGUCAGUGUUUCCUUUUUGUCCAUCAGGUACUACUUGCAGAGGGGAAUACUGUCAGUGUUUUCUUGAUCCCGCGUCUCUCUGGAAUACAUCCCAGAAUCUGCUGAGGAUUUAUCUGCCUAACUCUCCUUAUGUGAUGGAUCAUAGCUCCUGAUAUGAGAAUGUCCUCUGGAUCAGCAGACUUUUUCACUGUUGGUCAUCAUGCUGGUAGUUGCAGCAAUGUCUUGCCAUUUAAGAGUGUGUGUGUGUGUGUGUGUGUGUGUGUGUGUGUGCGUGUGCAUUAUUCAGGGUUGUGGCACGUUGUUCAGGAGCUCUGCCUGGUGACGGUGAAUGUUCUCUCUUUUCAGGGCUGUGGUACACGUAGCAGAGCGGCUUGGCUAUCGUAGUCUUAUUUUCAUGUGGGCCUCGUUUGUUCACUCAGUCCGGAACAGGAAGGCCCCGGGAGGGGUUGGUGUGUGUGUGUGUGUGGGGGUGGGUGGGACUGUUGGCAGCCUGAAACAUGAUACUCAUGUGCCAUGUUUUUAAAGAAACUCUGCGGCCAUGUUUGCCAUUUUUUUCAGAAAAUACAGGUUAUGAUGCAUUUGUUCUUUUAAGUUUCGGUUUGAUUUCCAGUCCGAGAGAACAAGGCAUGUAUUUGGAAUAGCCCUGAAGUGUUGGCUUGGUCACAGUAUCUGGUAUUUUAUUUUGUCUGGUAGAAAGAAUCUAAUCGUUGUUAAACCAGAAUUGUGUAGCAAAACAUGAGGUUGACUUGUUAUUUAAAUGAGUAUAGGUUUAACAGCUGAUGUGAUCACAUCUAAUCUCUUUGAGUUAGGGUUCGUCAGAGCUGACUCAUUAAUCCCUGUUUUAACCUCUAUUCUCUAUCAGAGAACUGACAUUUGAUCAACUUUGUGUGGAAUGUCUCUUUAAGGGUGGAGGAGGGGACGUGAGGAGCAUUCCUUUACUUUCAGAAGAGAGAGAAAAAAAAAAGAAGCUUAUCCCACAACUGUGGUUGACCUUUGAGUGGUAGCCUGUAAAGCCAUCAUCCUAGCUGGAAACCAGAGCUAUGAACUGGUCAAGUGUGUGACCUGUCAGGGGUCCUUGGGAGGGUUUUCUACCCGGGGCUCGUGAAUAAAGGCUACAUCCUUGGAACAAGGCCCUCAGUUGAUCUGACAAAGAAGGAGCCAAAUACUCAAAGACUUUCAUUUAUUGCCAGACUCCCUUUAUUCUCAUCCUUUAAAAAAAAAAAAAGAAAUCUUUUUCUCAGAGAUGAGAUGAGAGCAGGACGGGUGACCUGGGGAAUCACUUCUUGCCUUGCUAGAUGUGCACGUUGGAGAUUCAGUGUUAAUCGCUUUUGGAUCGGUUCAUUAUUUAUGGAUUUGUUUUUCUAUGAUAUUCAUUUUGUUUACGUCAGCUUCGUAGACGCAGCAGUCGAAAAUGGCUGAUUUAAAAAAACCAAAAAAAAAAACCACAGCAUUCUUAUGUAACUCCACCAUUAUGUAUGUGGACAUUUCCUAAAUAGUAAACAUGUGGUGCCAAAUAAACAGAAUUGCUGAUAGUGAUAUAAACAUGACAUGGCCAGGAAAGCUUUCAAUAUACAUGCGGUGAAGAUACGGGACAGAAUCAUUUACAUAGACCUGCUUUUAAGCUUGUGGGAUGGAUCUCUUGGUCUCUAUGGAUGGCGUCCAACUCCUUCGUGUCACCGUGUUGCUACUGAAGGGGCUGGAGAGGGAGAGCAGAAACACACACGAGACGAUAUAUAUGUAUAUGUAGUAUAGACCAGCCCCUCAUGACCCCCCCCCCCCCUCCUCUCCUCACUACAGGUCUAUGCACUAUCUAUUACAAACAAAGAUCAGGACCUCAUCACACGACAAUCUAUAGCUGCAAUUCCUCCUGAAGCGCGGAGUUGCAGGGUAAUAAAACGGCCCUGCGUGUUGUUGUGAAUAUCAACUUGUGCUUAGCGGAGAGCAGCGUUGCCAUGGCGAUAGUUGCCAUUCUCCCCCUCGGAACAUAAAGAACAUAUUCGGACUCAUUUGUCACUGAUAACAUGGAGAGGGUUUCUGAACUUGGUGUCAGGGAUGUGCCGAAAUCAAAUGAAAACAAUAGCAAUGGAAAGCCUGCAGAGUCCCUAUUGACGGAUCCUCUGGGACCCGGGUGCCUUAGUCUGGCUGAGGAGGAGAUAAAGACAGAGUCUGAUGUGGUAGAGGGGAUGGAUGCGUCCGUACGAUCCAAAGUCCCUGAUCCACCGGGGUCAGCGGAACGAACCAUGGCCCCGCAGAAGAGAAAGGUGUCCAGUCCCACCCAUUCCUCCAACGGGCACUCUCCCUCGGAAACCUCCCCCAGCCCUCUGAAGAGAAAGAAGAAGCCCGGGGCCAUCAACUGUUACAGCAAAGACCAGUCAGAGCUAAGACAUGGCCCCUUUUACUAUAUGAAGCAGCCAGCCCUCACCACAGACCCUGUUGAUGUUGUACCGCAGGACGGGAGGAAUGACUUCUACUGCUGGCUGUGCCACCGCGAGGGCCAGGUGCUCUGCUGUGAGCUCUGCCCCAGGGUGUACCACGCCAAGUGCCUCAAACUACCAGCCGAGCCCGAGGGCGACUGGUUCUGUCCAGAGUGUGAGAAAAUAACAGUUGCUGAAUGCAUCGAAACCCAGAGCAAGGCAAUGACAAUGCUGACAAUAGACCAACUCUCCUACUUGCUCAAAUUUGCACUUCAAAAGAUUAAACAGCCUGGGACUGAGCCUUUUCAGAAACCCGUGUCUCUGGAACAGCACCCGGAUUAUGCAGAGUACAUUUUCCACGUGAUGGACCUGUCGACUUUAGAAAAGAAUAUCAAAAAGAAAAUGUAUGGCUGCACUGAAGCCUUUCUUGCUGACAUGAAAUGGAUCUUACACAACUGCAUCAUCUACAAUGGAGGUAAUCACAAAUUAACAGCAACUGCAAAAGUCAUCGUCAAGAUUUGUGAACAUGAGAUGAAUGAGAUUGAGGUGUGUCCAGAGUGCUACCUGUCUUCAUGCCAAAAAAGGGACAACUGGUUUUGUGAGCCAUGUAGUCCACCCCACCCUCUGGUCUGGGCUAAACUAAAGGGCUUUCCCUUCUGGCCAGCAAAAGCACUUCGGGAAAAGGACGGGCAGGUAGACGCACGCUUCUUUGGGCAACAUGACAGGGCCUGGGUCCCCAUCAACAACUGCUACCUCAUGUCCAAAGAGAUUCCUUUCUCUGUGAAGAAGACAAAGAGCAUUUUCAACAGUGCCAUGCAAGAGAUGGAGGUCUAUGUGGAAAAUAUUCGCAAGAAAUUUGGGAUAUUCAACUAUGCACCCUUCCGCACUCCCUUCACACCCAACAACCAGCUACAGAUGCUACUGGACCCCUCCAACCCCAGUGCUGGGACCGUGAAAACAGAGAAACCGGAUAAACUACGCUUCAACUUCGAUAUAACCGCAUCUCCUAAGAUGGUCCUCGGCAAGAGUUCCACGCCCAGUGGCAUGGGUCGGAGGGUCUCAAUGACGGACAUGCCUCGGUCUCCCAUGAGCACUAACUCCUCGGUUCACACUGGGUCUGAUGGGGAGCAGGACAUGGAAAAACCCGGCAGGAAUCCUGCCUUCCACUACAGCACUGGAGAGGAAUCAAUGGACUGUACUGCAUCUCCAGUCUCGGGGAAGAUGGGUCCUGCAGGCAACGCGGCAGGCAGCCCGAAGCCCUUUAACCCUGGACUGGUCCCCAAGCAGGAGAGGACCGCAGGCACAGGCGGCAUCCUCAAUCUCAACCUGGAUCGGGUGAAGGCUGAGAUGGAUCUGAAGGAGCUGAGUGAGACCGUGCAACAACAACAGCAGCAGCAACAACAAGGAGCGUCCGCUUCCCUUCCCACCCCAAAGAGACUCAUCAGGAGCCUGGACAAGACCAUUGAGAGCUGCAAGGCACAGCUCGGGAUAGACGAGAUCUCUGAAGAUGUGUACAAAGGUGUGGAUCACAGCGACUCUGACGACUCUGAGAAAUCUGACUCAAGUGACAGCGAGUAUCUCAGCGACGAGGAACACAAGCCAAAGAACUCCGUCCAGGACGACCAUGACAAAGCGGAGAGAAAAAGGCCCAAAGCAAACACAGAUGGAGAGAAUAAGGAGGGGGUUACAGGGAAAGUGGAUAAAGCCACCCCUGAACUUCUGCAUAAAGACAAACACGGUGCCAAUGGCCCUGAUAGGGGCCUCCAGGACAAGCCCAGGACGCCCCAGUCACAGCCCCUCGCUGACAAACCCAAAGCCCAAGAGGAGGGCAGAGCAGCUGCUGCCACAUCAGCAGCUGAGCAAGACUCCGAUUCUGAAAGAGAGCUGGUGAUCGACCUGGGAGACGAACAUGGAGGCCGUGACUCAAAGAGGGCGAGAAGAGAGCCGGGAGCUUCUGCGGCUAAAACUCUCAAAGAGCCUAAUGUUGCCAAGCUGGAAGGUAAACUGGCUUCAUCUGCUGCAGCAGCUGCUCCGUCACGGGAAUCCGCCCCUAAUCUGAAGGACACUUUGCAACCCGCCAUCACAGCUGCCCUCAACCUUGUUUCCACCAACCUUGUGCCCAGUGCCACCACAGCUACCAGCGUAUCCCCCGGUGCACCCUCUCCUGCCUCCACCUCGGCCUCCACAACAUCCCCCGUACCUGCAGCUUCAAAGAAACAGCGCCCUCUACUGCCCAAAGAGGCGGCUCAGGCCGUGCAGCGAGCAGUGGUUUGGAAUCCAACCAAAUUCCAGACGUCCUCUCAGAAGUGGCACAUGCAGAAGGUGCAGAGGCAGCAGCAGCAUGGAGAGCAGUCACCAGUGCAGACGCCGGCCCAGAGUCCGGGGCAGGCAAGCAGCCCACAGCAGGUUCAGUCCCAACAGCAGAACUCCUCAAGUACCCGCUAUCAGACCAGACAAGCUGCCAAGGUGCAAAAAGACGUGCCUCAGAGUACUUCCUCAUCAACAGCUGCCCAGGUCACAUCUGGCAGCUCCUCGUCAGGAGACGUGCAGAUCCCCACAGGCUCAGCAGAGGUGGCUGCGGAUAUAACCAAGUACACAAACAAAAUUAUGGACACAAUAAAAGGGACAAUGACUGAAAUCUACAAUGAUCUCUCCAAAAGCACUUCAGGAAACACAAUUGCAGAGAUUCGACGGCUAAGGAUAGAGAUUGAGAAGCUCCAGUGGCUGCAUCAACAAGAGUUGUCAGAGAUGAAGCACAAUCUUGAACUGACGAUGGCAGAGAUGAGGCAGAGCCUGGAGCAGGAAAGAGAGCGCUUGGUGGCUGAGGUGAAAAAGCAGACGGAGGUGGAAAAGCAGCAGGCAGUGGACGAGACCAAAAAGAAACAGUGGUGCGCUAACUGCAGGAAGGAGGCCAUCUUCUAUUGCUGCUGGAAUACCAGUUACUGUGAUUACCCCUGUCAGCAAGCCCACUGGCCUGAACACAUGAAGUCCUGCACACAGUCAGCCACAGCUCCGCAGCAGGACCCAGAGGCAGAGUCCAACUCGGACCCUUCAGUGAAAUCAUCAAGCCACUCUCCUCCCAAGCAGACCCUGCCCUCUGGAGCAGGACCCUUAUCAGACAAAAGCAACUCUCCCACAUUCGUUGACAAGAGCAAGGACAGCGCUGGCAUUACUGUGACCUAACUGCUACACUACAGAUACACUCAUUUUGCCAGGCCGCUGUGGGGCUUGUCGCGUCAAGACAUACGGUGUUAAACUUGGUGCUUGAAGGCCUGCAGCGCUAUGACAAAUCACUUUGAUUUUUUUUUUCCAUUCCCAUGUGUACAUCUGCUUGGUGGACUUUUUUGUUGUUGCUGUUGUCAUCUCUCAUUCGCAGUUUCCACAAGUCUGUGUUCAGGUGGAUUCACAAUGUGAAAGUAGUCUGUCUUGAGAAAUAAAAUGUGAGGUUGUAUGUUUUCAUAUUGUAGUUUUGUUAUAGCUCUGUUACCACUUUGUUUCAAGUUUGAACAAGAUUGUAUCGACUCACAGAAUAUUUACACUUUUCAAUGCUGCUCUUAAGUACUUAAUUGCUGUAUCAUUUAGUGGAUUUAUCUCAAUAUUAUGAGACAAAAACAGCCACCAACAGUUGAUAUUCAUUCAUCAUGGUGCCAUCAGAGGUAUGUUGAGUUAUGCAAGUUUAAUCUUUGUUUUAAACCAUGUUCACUUCAUGUCAACUGGGAUAUUUUGAGUAAUGCAAGUUUAAACGUAAUGUUUUCAACUAUGUCAGCGGGGGCAUUUUUGGCUCAUACCAACUUUGUAUUGUAGUUAAACAUUGUAUAGACAUACAUAAAAAGAUAUCUGUGAUUUAUAAAAAAAAAAAGAACUGAAACAUUUAAACUGUACAAAGUUUUUGUAAGAAAAUACCUUAACAAUAUUUAUAGUGUUAUAUGUUUUUAUAGUAUGUUUAAUGAAAUCACAUUUUUAUGUGUCUAAAAAAAAAAAAGUUAUUUGAAAAUAAAUUACUUCAUAUGAAUGUCAGCUCUAAGCGAAGCCUCUGUUUAACUUGUUAUCCAAAGCUGGUGUAAAUCCUGAUCAGACUGUCUGUAUGAGUUGGGUAGGAAUAAAUAGAAACUGCAUUUUGGCUGGACAUUAUUUCCUGUGCGCAUGUCUGUUUUGAGCUUGUGUUCGUGUUUACAUAUUGUACAUACAAUAAAUGGACUCGUGAAGAAAAAAUAAAAAUGCUCU